UAAUAUCCCAAAAUUAGGAAAUAAACAAAAAGGCAUCAAGAAAUGAUUUUCUAGUCUUUUUCAUUUUCCCACAGGAGUUGAGAGGCAAGAUUUGUGGAAAUUAAGAAAAAAGGUGGGGAAAUGUGGCUUUCAAGUGGAAAAGGCAGUAACAAUUCUGCAAGAAGAAAUGGUAGGAAUGGGGUAGUAGCAGUAGCCAUAGAUAAAGAUAAAAGAAGUCAAGAUGCCCUCAAAUGGGCAACUGAGCAUCUCAUCAACAAAGGCCAAUCCAUCAUUCUCAUCCACGUCGUCCCAAGGCCAUCCACAUCCUCACUUGGGAAAAACUACGCAAUUUAUGAACCAAAUGGAGUUGCAAAAGCACGAAUGAAAGCACUUGAGAAACAGCACAAAGAGUUAUUCCUCAGCUUCCAUUGUUUCUGUACUCGCAAAGAUAUAAACUGCUUUGAUGUGCUGUUGGAGGAGACGGACAUAGCAAGAGCCAUAUCAGAUUAUGCUGCGUAUGCUGCCGUCGAAAACUUGGUUCUUGGCUCAUCACGCCAUGGCUUUAUCAAAUUGAAGGUGACGGACGUACCUAGCAGCGUAUCAAAAUCGGCGCCGGAUUUCUGCACUGUUUAUGUGAUAUCGAAAGCAAAGAUCUCAUCGGUAAGGAAUGCUUCGCGUGCAGCGCCAUUCGUGUCUCCCGUCAUCUCUCAUCUUCAAAAGAUGGAAGACUCUAAUCCUAAUAGUUUUGAUUCUUCCCACAACUCCAGACCAGGUGCAGACCCACCAAAAGCUGCAUUCGACGACUCCGACUUGUUCAAGUCUCCAUUUUCAAGAGGGAGAGGCUUCAAUGGCAGAAUGUUUGCAGAAAUCUCAGAGAAUGAGAAUGAGUCCUUUGCCGGAUCAGACAGGACCAGCACGGACCGCCUCUCAGGCGUGCUCUUCGACAGCCAAGCUUCCAGCCGCACGUCGCGAGCAUCCACCUGCUCCGAUAACAGCUUCACCUCUACGCAGUCGGGCCCCAGGGGGAGCGAGGCCAGCUUCUCCACUGAUUUCUCGUCGUCUUCGGUUGAAGGAGAUGACGUUGAUGCAGAGAUGAGAAGGCUGAAGCAAGAGUUGCAGAGGACUAUGGAGAUGUACAGCACAGCCUGCAAGCAAGCUCAAACGUCCAAGCACCACAAGGCUGCGGAGCUGAGCCGGUGGCGCGCAGAGGAAGAGAGGAGGAUGGAAGAGGCACGGCUGGCGGAGGAGUCGGCUCGGCAAGAGAAAGCCAAGUACAGCGUGGGAGCAGCUCAGAGGAUUGCGGAUAUGGAGUCGCGGAAGAGAGUGAGCGCUGAGAUGAAAGCCAUCAGUGAGGAGAGUGAUGAGAGUGAGAGUGCAGCACUCAACUACCGAAGAUACAGCAUUGAUGAGAUCGAAGAAGCGACGCAUUACUUCUCCAAGUCCCUCAAGGUCGGAGAAGGAGGCUACGGCCCCGUCUUCAAGUGCAACCUCGACCACACGCCCGUCGCUGUCAAGGUCUUGCGCCCCGACGCUGCUCAAGGGAGAUCACAGUUCCAGCAAGAGCUUCAAGUCCUGAGCUGCAUGAGGCAUCCCAACAUGGUGCUCCUGCUGGGAGCUUGCCCCGAAUACGGGUGCCUGGUGUACGAGUACAUGGCCAACGGAAGCCUGGAAGACCGGCUGUGCAGGAAGGGGAACACGCGGGCGCUGUCGUGGCAGCUGCGCUUCAGGAUCGCGGCAGAGAUAGCGACGGGCCUGAAUUUCCUCCACCAGAUGAAGCCGGAGCCGCUGGUCCACCGGGACCUGAAGCCGGCAAACAUCCUGCUGGACCAGAACUACGUGAGCAAGAUCAGCGACGUGGGGCUGGCGAGGCUGGUGCCUCCGUCGGUAGCAGACGACACAACGCAGUACCUGAUGACGUCGACAGCGGGGACGUUCUGCUACAUCGAUCCGGAGUAUCAGCAGACGGGGAUGCUCGGGGUGAAGUCGGAUGUGUACUCGUUUGGAGUGCUGCUGCUGCAGCUGCUGACGGCAAAGUCUCCGAUGGGGCUGACGCACACGGUGGGGCGCGCCAUUGAGAAGGGGAAACUGGAGGAGAUGCUGGAUCCUGCAGUGCCAGAUUGGCCCAUUGAGGAGGCCGGGGUUCUUGCGCAGCUGGCUGUGCAAUGCGCCGAGAUGAGGCGCAAGGAUAGACCGGAUCUUGCCAAGGUCGUCUUGCCCGAGUUCAAUCGCCUCAGAGAUUUAGCCAAUCAGAGAAUCAACCACUUCUUGGUCUAGUUACCAACCACUUCACCUAUAUACUUAUGGAAAUCACACUCAUGUUGAUGAAUUAAUAUCCUACAAACUCAAUGUGUAGUUACAAUCUUUGCUUUCAACAAUAUGUUUAACAAGUUAAACUCCUUCAAACUUUCUACGGAACAAUAUGUUUUUUUUUUUCUGUUGUUGAGUGAUAUAAUGAACAACUUAUUAUUGCUUACUUUUAGUGGCCGACAUAUGAAAAAAUAUUACAAAUCGAAAAACCUGAAAAUGCUGGAGCCGGCCCCAUUACCACCACCGGUUACUGUAAAAUCAUACUUUAUGUUCUUUAAACAUCCUCAGCACACUAUAAUCCACAUUUACUAACUUCACAUUCUGCAAAUUUUGGCAAAACAUGCAACACAACAGCAAAUCUUGAGAUUAUGAGGGGAAGGAAGAAUCCUUCGGAGCUGUAUCUCUAUCAACAAGUAGAAAAGGAACUAAGAGGUUUCUCGUGCUUUUUGCUUCUUUGUUGAAACUAUCUUCUCCUUCAGGGCAUCCCAGAAGGCGGGUAUUGCAGUAUCAUCGGGAACUUCCUUGAACGAUGGCAGGUAAUUCACGUCAACAAUGACAUGGUCACCACUGCCUUCCUGAAC